AUGAAAGUCUGGAAAAAGGUCUUUUUUUUGCAGUGGACUUCGUGUAUUUAGAGAAGGAUUGAAUUGAUUAGAAGAAAUUCUUAGAAUUCGUUAACGUUGAUACACAAUAACAGAAGAUUAAACAAAAUCAAUAGUUUAUUAAAAAUAAAAAACACCAUAAAAAAAUGGGGUUGCUACAGAAAAUACAGGGCAAUGAUCAGAAUUUUUAAAGAAUUUGAAUAAAGUUGUUUAUAUGUAAUUUUCUGUUAAUCAAAAUAUUUUGAGGGGUCUGCAUAAUAAUUUUCAAAACGAAUUUUAUAAUAUAAGCUGAUAGACGUUAAAGUUUAGUAUUUUUUCAAAUAAGGUUGCAUAGUGUUCAUGUAAAAUGUACAAUGCGUUGGAUUAUAGUCUCAAAAGAUAUUUAAAGAUUUUAGGAUUAAUAAUAAUUCGUCAAUCUUCAUAUAUAAAAGGAAUGAAUUAUGCAUGAUUUUUUCAUUAUAUUUAAAAAAAAAUUCUGUGUGCAGAAUGAGUGUUGCAUCUAAUUCUCAGCAUGAUGGCGAAUUGAAGGAGACUCCUAUUGAAACGAAGUUCACAUGGACAAUGAAGAGUAUAGAAAAACUGAAAGAGCUUCAUGUGUUGCAACAAGGGAACUGGAAAUCAAUCAGUUCGUUGCUAAAUGGACCAACCCCUUUGGAGUGUAUGAUUAAGUGGUAAUAACUCCAUCCAGAUUAAUCAACUUCCAGACAACUGUGGUCACCAGAAGAGGAUGAAUAAUUGUAAGAAUUGGUCUAAAAAUUUGGAAAAAAAUGGAGCAAGAUUUGUACAGUAAUGAAUUGGAGAACUGGAAAAUAAGUUAGAGAGCGUUAUUUGAAUUAACUCUAAGGAACGAUUAACUAAGAAAAGUGGACAGAAGAGGAAGAUAAAUUGAUAUUAAAAUUAUAUAAGAAGUUUGGAACAAAAUGGAGCUAUAUUUCAAGUUUCUUGAAUGGAAGACCUGAAAACAUGGUCAAAAAUCGAUUCUAUUCCAACCUAAAAAGAAGAUACUAAUGUGAUUUAGGUGAUUCGGAUGAUGAAGAUUUAUAAGAGGAAUCCCUCAAUUCCUUCGAAGAAGACUAGAGCAGGCUUUAGAAAAGGAGAAGACCUUAGAAAAACACGAAAGAGCCUCAAAAAAUCAAAAAAGUUUAGGUGGCUGAAGAUAAUAUAGAAAAUUUCUAAAGAAUGACAAGAUCAAAAAAUCAAAAAUAAAAUGAAGAUAGUUCUAAAUAAUAUGGUCUCAAUGAGGACUAAAACAAUGAGAAUAACUCAGGUUUAUAAAAUAUUGCAAGUACUCCAAGUUAUUGCACUCCUCAAGCCAAUUAAAUUAAUAUAAAGGAAGAAAAUUAAUUAAAAUGUGAUCAUUUUAAUUAUAAUUCAUCCAAUGUUUAAUAAUCAAUUCCAGCAAUCAAUAUGUUCCCCUAAACAGUGUCUCCAUUCAUGUUUAACAAUUAAUUCAUUCCAUCUUAUCAGAAUUCGUUUCUAUAUCCAUAAAAUACGAUGCCAAUCUUACAAGAUAAAUUGGAAACAUAGUAAGUCAAAUAGAUAUAGUUUGACAAAAUGUAAAUGAUAAAUGAACUAAAUUAAUUGCCAAGAACAAACAUUGUUAACCCUUUUCUAAAUAUUAUGUAAUAACAGUAAUUGAUGAAUUUUUAAAUUCCUAUCUAGUCGUAAUAUAUAGGUCAGGUUGAUCCAAUUACAUAAUGGGCUGAAUUAUGCAAAGUUUAUAAUAACCUAAUAUUGUAAAAACAUUUGUAACCAUGAGGUUAAAUAAGAGAAUGUAAACAAUAUAUAUAUGUAAUCAAUAAACA